CCACCACAAACAACUAACUACUCACGUCACUCGGAUAUCACUACACCUUUGGAACAUUUCUAUAUUCAUUCACUCACUCCCAUCUCUCUGUAUCCGAGGUGCCUGUCUGUCCAAGCCGAGCUGCAUCCCCCAUGUAACGUUCCUUCCUACACAUGUCCAUAUGCACGCAAGCGCCCUCUCCCCUUUCGCUUUCCGUUCGCUCGCCCCGAGCCGUGCCGCGCCGCCAACAAUCAGGAAAGAGAAUUCAAAUGGACAAGAACGCAGCAAAUCAACUGCCACGUUCCCGUCUUUCGCAGGUCAAAUUCGGUACAUCCGCGUGACUAUAUAGAAUCUAUUUGUGUAUACAUACAUGUACCUGGGUAGGUAUACACACAUGCUCGCAUAUAUGUAUGUAUGUACGUUACUUACUCGCAGACAAUGUCCGGGGGAGGGGAGCGGGAGAGUGACAUCUGUCCUUGGAAUCUUGUAUGUUAUCCGUGCUUAGAUGGAGACAAUACACAGGUAGCCCUUCUUCUAUUAUCUCUCUUGUUCUUUUUCAUUCUCUCUUCAAAUGUUCAUUCUCGCUCAUCAAUCGACACAAGCACAAGCAAGUUCAUGCACCCGCCCGCCCCUCUCCGCCUUGACCGACCGUCCACGGUGCACAGUCCUAGGAUCCCCCAGUCGAUUGUAAGGAUCAUCCCGCACCUGCAUGUAUACAUGUGCGUGACUUGCACAUGUCCAUCUUUCUGUGGCACCCGGCACCCACCUCGUCAUCGCACACGCGUAGAGUCUACCUACAUAUGCUACGUGGGAUGCAUGAUUCAUCUAAUUCAAGGAAGAAAAUAG